GCAUCUCUAGUCUACAUAUCUUCUUUAGCUUUAACGAGCCUCGUUAAGAUCGCAAUAAUAUUCCACCCUCUAAUUGCUCAUUCCAUUCAGCAGAUAGGCGAGCAUUGGCUUGUGCCUGAUGCGCGCGGUGCGGUGGGAGGGUUGCUGUGGAGAUCGGAGACUCUGAUAACCCCCCGUGCGUGCUGCACAAGUGGUGAAAGCCUCGCGCUACGUACUGGCUAAUGAUUGGCACGCUUGACAGUGAUUGGCAGGGCUGCCAUGACAACGCUACAACGACACCAAGAAGACCAAUAGAAAAGGGAAACAAAAUGUUUCAAUGCUACACUCAACGGCGGAUUUAGGGGGGAGAUAUUAUGAGGCUGGUGUCAUUAGGCGAUAGCCAUUGAAUCAUUCAAUCUUUUUACUUGCCGUGUUUUUUCGGUUUUUUCCCUUUUCUCGAUAAUUUUCUUUCUCUCUCAGGUCAUUUCCAUGGUUUUCAGAUCCCCCUUAGAGCUUUAUCCCUCCCAUUUCUUCCUGCCAAACUUCGCUGAUCGCCCUCUGCUCCUGGCGAACAGCGCUCCCACCACCAGGUCUCCAGAAGACUUGUCCAUGUUUCAACUACCGACCCUCAACUUCUCCCCGGAGCAGGUGGCGAGCGUCUGCGAGACGCUGGAGGAGACCGGGGACAUCGAACGGCUGGGCCGCUUCCUCUGGUCCCUGCCUGUGGCUCCGGGAGCGUGCGAGGCGAUCAACAAGCACGAGUCCAUCCUGCGCGCCCGGGCCGUGGUGGCGUUCCACACGGGGAAUUUCAGAGACCUUUACCACAUCCUGGAGAACCACAAGUUCACCAAGGACUCGCACGGCAAACUGCAGGCCAUGUGGCUGGAAGCGCACUACCAGGAGGCCGAGAAGCUCCGCGGUCGCCCCCUCGGACCGGUCGAUAAGUACCGGGUGCGGAAGAAGUUUCCGCUGCCUCGGACCAUCUGGGACGGCGAGCAGAAGACGCACUGUUUCAAAGAGCGGACACGGAGCCUGCUGCGGGAGUGGUACCUACAGGACCCAUAUCCAAAUCCCAGCAAGAAAAGGGAACUGGCUCAAGCCACUGGACUCACUCCCACACAGGUCGGAAACUGGUUUAAAAACCGGAGGCAACGAGACAGAGCCGCGGCGGCCAAAAACAGGCUCCAGCACCAAGCAAUAGGACCGAGCGGUAUGAGGUCCCUCUCGGAGGCCGGUCUCACCCCUCACAGCUCGGCGGAGUCGCCUUCGACCGCGGCCAGUCCCACCACCAGCGUUUCCAGUAUGACAGAGAGAGUUGAUACCGGGACGUCUAUCCUGUCCGUCACAUCCAGUGACUCGGAGUGCGAUGUAUGAUACGGAGGGGAGGAGAGAAAAAAAAAGAGAAACACACAAAAACAAACAAAAAGAGAAAUAUUUACAGGGAAAAUGGACCUGAGAGGAAGAGAGAAAAAAAAGACUUAUGAAAUAUCUCGGAUGAAAAAAAAGGACCGAUUGAUAUAAAUAUUAAAAUAAAAAAGAGAUAAAAGCACGUCGUUUUUUUUUUUUUUUAUUAAAAGCGCUUUCAAAGGACCCACGCCUCCCCUUUCCUCUCCAUACCCCCACACCACCACCACCACCACCACCACCGCCACCAACACCACCACCACUACUACUAGACUACUUGCAUGAUGUCUUAUUUUUUUAAUUUUUAAUUUUGUAAUCAGGGGAAAACGAAAAAAAAAAUAUCCUGAGUGCAAGAUUUUCUCCAUCAGGAACAUCGAUCAGAGGGAAUAAACACAGAUCGUCUCGGUUGUCUUCGUCGCUUUUUCUUUUUUGUUUUUUUUCCCCCUCGCCCCCAAUCUCCAUUUUUUUUAGUCCAAGUGAUGAUGAUGAUGAUGAUGAUGAUGAUGAUGAUGAUGUGAUGAUGAUGCCGCCAUGCAGACACAAGAUGCAAUCCUGUUUUUUUGUUUUUGUUUUGUUUUGUUUUUUUUUUUACUUUGUGUUCAUCAGACAAUCAUUUUUAAGUCGUAAAGCACCUUUUUUUGAGAAAAGUAACACUUCUGUCACUGCCUGUGUGGGGUAAACAUGGUCAAACAUACAAAAAACAGAAAAAAAGGAGAAAAAAAGACGAACGGGAUCGUUUAUGACUGUAUCAGAUUUUUAUUUUUAUUUUCAAAAUUUUAUAUUGAAUUAUGUAUAUCUCAAAUAAUGCGAUCAUUCUCCCGGUCUUGUAAUAUACGUGUAGAAAUAUGCCUGUACAUAAUUAUUGCUCUCUCUCUCUCUCUCUCUCUCUCUCUCUCUCUCUCUCUCUCUCUCUCUCUCUCCUCCCCCUCUCACCGUCUCAUCCUCUUUUUCUAUCCCCCCUCCCUCACUUUUUUCUUGACUUUUGGUGUUCCUACAUAAAAUAUUUGUCAAAACUUACAACUCAAGUGCUCUAGGCGUUUUUGUUGCUUUGUUUUGUUUUGCUGGUUGGGGGGGAUUUGAUGGUGAUGGUGAUGAUGAUGAUGAUGAUGCUGGUCGUGAUGAUGAUGAUGAUGAUGAUGAUGAUGAUGAUGGUGACUUUAUGUUUGGCCGGUCACACUUAUGCAAAAAAAACAAACAAAAAAAACAACAAGAACAAAAAAGACGCAAAGAGGAAAGAUAUGUGAAAGUGGAAUAGCUUGUUGUUGCCCACGUUUAUCCAAGUCUGCAGGCUGCCUCCCCUCCUCCUCCUCCUCCUCCCUUCCUCCCUCACCCCCCCCCCCCUCCCUCCUCUCCUGCCCGCCCCAGGGUCGCUCCGAAGCGCUUAUUUACAUUAGCCUACCCAAUGUUUCUUUCUUUGCGUGGUUAUUAUGUUAAUGUACCAUACAUUUCUAAAUCAAAUACAGUAUUCAAUUUGCUAUACC